AUGCUUCAGAUUGCUAAGCAUGAGAUGGAACAGGAAGAGGAAGCCAGAGCCCAAGAGAAAGAGAGAGUCUUGGCUGAGCGCUGUGAACCUCUUCAACUUUCUGGAUUGUCAAUUUCUGAGCUUCAGGAUAUGUGCAGAGAGCUUCAUGCCAGGGUUGAUGUUGUGGAUGAAGAAAGAUAUGACAUGGAAGCUAAAGUGAAUAAAAAUGUUAUUGAGAUUGAGGACUUGAAUCGGAAGAUUUUGGACCUCCGAGGGAAGUUCAAACGCCCAACACUGCGGAGGGUACGCUUGUCAGCAGAUGCCAUGAUGCGAGCACUUCUGGGCACAAAACACAAGGCAGCCAUGGAUCUAAGAGCCAACCUAAAACAAGUCAAGCAAGCCAAAAAAGAUGAUACAGAUAAGGUAAGUGCAAAUUGUAGUUAUUUUGUUUGUAUGUUUCCCUUGCAUUUCCAUCUCUUGACAUUUGAGGAUACAUCUAGCAAAUAA